ACACGCAGUUUCACACACGCAGAGCCGCGCAUGCAGAGCCGCGCAUGCAGAGCCGUGCCCGACGCUGCGAGCGCGCUGCGGCCACACAACUUCACACUCAGCUUCGAUGUGAGCCCGGACAGAAAGGAGGACGUUUUCACUGCAGAAACGAGCUCUAGCUUUUGGUGAGUCUGAUUGCCAAAAGAAAAAUGAAAUAAAUAAGCAAAUAAAACUAAAGAGACACUUUUUGGAGAGAGCGCAACCAGCGGGCGAGAUCAACCCGAAGGAGGAAUACAGCAGGGACUUCAACGCCGGGCGACUUCUUUUUGCAAGGACUUUUAUUUUAUUUUAUUUUAUUUUUUUAAAAGCACCCUGUCAUCUUUGUCGAGAGGAGGACAGAUACUCCCCGGGAAGAAGCGCUUCAAAGUUUGGAGAGCGGAGCCGCGACACCACAAGAGAAAACCAACUUAUCCCGGCAACUUUCUCCUUCCCGACGCGUCUGGAGGUUUCCAUCCAGAGGCAACUUUACCCCUCCUGAAGACUAACCGCUUCCACCGGGGCCAAGAGGAGGUGCGUGUGCAGCCUCCACUUCACAAUCAUAAUAAUCAUCAUCACAAUAAUAAUAAAAAAAAAAAAGUUACCAAAGGGGGAGAAAGUGCGAGAGCCAAGAACUGUGCGCUUUGAGAAGUUGUGAGCAGAAACCAGGAGUGACUGACGCUGCAAAGAAGAAGCGCUUGCUUUGAGUGAGAGACUCUCCCCACCGGUGGAGACCCCCCCUGUGAGCCAGGGCAAAAACAAGAGAUUUGGUGUUUGUUGCGCUGUUGUUGGGGGAGGCAAAGAGGGGGGAAAAGACGGAUAAAGUCUGAGAGAGAAGCGGCUAAUUGCUUAGUCCGUCCCUCAUUACCAUAUCCAAUGCGCGUCCGCUGGACUCCAGCCAAUCCUCCCCACCUUCACACGGUGCCAUUCAUCGCGCGGCGUUAUUCCCUAUCAUAACUAUUAUCCCGACAUGCGCAAUCCGACGCACGGCGACGGCAACACCGGCUAAUUUCACGGCUUUUUUUUUCUUUUUUUUUGCCCCCACCGUCCCUCUCUCUCUCUCUCUCUCUUUCUCUCUCUCUCUCCACACACACUUCCACGCUGUUUUUGCGAACUUUUUGCCCGUGUUGAUUCAUUCCGCUCGCCGCUGAUGUAUCUGCAAAGCGCAGACGCAUCCCGGAGCGCACAUCCAGCAGCAGAAACAGCAGAAGAACCAGCAGAAACAGCAGCAGAAACAGCAGCAUGUCCCGACGCAAGCAAGCCAAGCCGCAGCACCUCCAGUCGGACGAGGACCCCGCACUGGCCGGCGUGAUCUCCCAGCGCGCCCGAGGUGAUGCGCUGGAUGAUGCCGAUAGCGGGAACGAGAGCCGCAGCGGCAGCGAGGAGACUCACGUGUGUGAAAAGUGUUGUGCUGAGUUCUUCAAGUGGUGCGAUUUCUGUGAACAUUUAAAGAGCUGCACUAAGAAUCCCCUGGUGCUCAUAGUGAAUGACAAUGAGGACACACCUAUCCCCUCCCAGGAGUACCCCUCUGAGCCCUCGCCUGUACCCAGCUGCCCCAGCGAGCAAGAUGACAGCGAGGACCCCAGGGAGGGCAGCCACAGUCCUGCUGGUGAGGGGGAUGACAUCCCAGAGACAGCGACAUUAAAUGGGGUCAAUGUCCUGGAAAAGGAGGAAGAGCAGAUGGAGCUAGAGCUUUCUCCUGUAAAAAAUAUGGAUCCUGAAGAAAGAGACAUGACAUCCCCCGAGCCAGAUGGCUCCCUACCUCAGCUCGACAACGAUGUUGUCCCCUCGGCUAUUACGAGCUACACCAUGCCAAGCACCAACGUGACCCUGGAGACCCUGCACGGCACCCGGGUCGCAGUUGCCCAGUUUUCUCAGAGUGUAAGAGCAGCGGUGAGCAGUGGGGUCCCCACUAUGGCUAUUCCCAUGAUCCUGGACCAGCUGAUGGCACUUCAGCAGCAACAGAUUCACCAGCUUCAGCUAAUAGAGCAAAUUCGAAGUCAGGUGGCCCUCAUGAACAGACAAUCUGGCCCACAGCCCACUCUCAACCACCAUCACAGCAAUGUUGCUGGAAACCAGGGGCCAGCAUCUUCCUGCGUCCCUCCAGUUGCAAGUCAGCUUCAGCUGCAUAACUUCAUUACUCCACCGGUCCAUCAGCUGCCUGUUAGGUUGCCAGCUACCCUCGGUGGUCAAGUCCCUUCAUCUCUGACAUCAGCUAUCGAAGGUCCCCUCUCUCAAACACCACAAAGUGGCACUCAGCAGUCGAACCCCUCAGCUCCACACUCAUCCUCGAAUAAUCCAGUGUUUACCCCACCAAGUGGUUCUGGAUUGUCCUCUCUACACCCCCCUUGUUCACCAUCAGUCACAAAUAACAGCAGCAGCACUAGUAGUAGCAUAACAGGAGCCAGCGGCAUCAGCAGCAGCUCAGCUCUUCCCAGAAACUCCACCACCCCUCCCUCCCUGAGCCACAGCGGCCUCCUGAGCUCCGCCUCCAGUCUACCACUGAUACCUCACAGCUCCUCGAGCAGCGUCAUCUUCCCCAAUCCACUGGCCAGCAUAGCGGCCACAGCCAACGCGCUCGACCCUCUUUCAGCACUAAUGAAGCACCGCAAGGGAAAGCCCCCCAAUGUGUCUGUGUUCGACACCAAGCCCAGCUCCGAGGACCCUUUCUUCAAGCAUAAAUGUCGUUUCUGUGCCAAGGUGUUUGGAAGCGACAGUGCCCUGCAGAUCCACCUGCGCUCCCACACUGGAGAGAGGCCCUACAAAUGCAACAUAUGCGGCAACCGUUUCUCCACCAAGGGGAAUUUGAAAGUCCACUUUCAGAGGCACAAAGAGAAAUACCCACACAUCCAGAUGAACCCUUAUCCCGUGCCAGAAUACCUGGACAAUGUGCCUACAAGUUCAGGCAUUCCAUAUGGCAUGUCGUUGCCCCCUGAAAAACCUGUUACCACGUGGUUAGAUAGCAAACCUGUCCUCCCCACCGUUCCCACCUCUGUUGGGCUUCAGCUGCCACCGACACUCCCAAGUAUGAUUGGAGGUUAUUCUGAGUCUCCAAGCCUCACUCCACUUAGCAGGUCUCCUCAAAGGCCUUCGCCACCCUCAAGCGAGUGUGCAUCUUUGUCCCCGAAUAUUGCUACUGACUCGGGCAUGACCACUACUUCACCCUCCCCAAAGCACAGCCUUGGGAGUGAUGCACCUCCUCUCUUGAAACCUGAAGGCAUUCUUUUGUCCCCGAGUUGUUUGUCUAGGCCGGGAGAGAACACGACCACCACAGUCACGGUAACUCAAGUGCUUCUUUCCACCACUGUCACCUCCACAGCAUCAUCGGGAUGUAGCCAGGUCAGCGAGCCCACCAUCACUAGCCCCAGCUCAGUUUCUAAUCUUGCCUCCCAUCCUGUCCUCCCCAUGCUAUCAGACCAGUUUAAGGCCAAGUUUCCUUUUGGAGGUCUCCUAGACUCUAUGCAAACCUCAGAGACAUCAAAGUUGCAGCAGCUUGUUGAGAAUAUUGACAAGAAGAUGACCGACCCCAAUCAGUGUGUUAUCUGCCAUCGUGUUCUGAGCUGCCAGAGUGCCCUGAAGAUGCACUACCGAAUCCACACUGGUGAGAGGCCUUUCAAAUGCAAGAUAUGCGGACGAGCAUUCACCACCAAGGGAAACCUGAAAACACACUUUGGUGUCCACAGGUCCAAACCCCCGCUUCGAGUCCAGCACUCCUGCCCUAUAUGUCAGAAGAAGUUCACCAACGCUGUUGUGCUGCAGCAGCACAUUCGUAUGCAUAUGGGAGGGCAAAUCCCCAACACCCCUCUCCCCGAGAGCCUGCAGGAGAUGGAGACAGACCUGUCCUUUGAUGAGAAGAGCUUAGAUGCAAUGAGUAAUUAUGAUGAUGACCUCCUAGAUGAAAUGGAACAGGCUAUGGAAGAUGAAGCUGAUCUAAGAGAGGGAGAAAUGGACCCAUCUAAACCUUAUUCACCUGGGAUUUCUCCCCCACCUUCCAUAAUCUCCAGCAUUGCUGCGAUGGAGAAUCAAAUGAAAAUGAUUGACUCUACUGCCAACAUGGCUCGCUCAUUUGGCCAGAAGCCUCAACAGAACGGAAGCAGCUUCGCAAUGGAGACGGACUGCUUCGCCACUGACUGUCUGUCUGCGAUGGGGGAUGCUGAGGGUCAGAGUUUGGGGAGCCCCGCUUUGUCUGAUUCCUCUGGCUCUAUGCAGCAUUUGUCCCCAGCUCACAGCCAUUCUGAGAGCCAGCGAUCCAAGUCCCCUGCUACACUCAAUAAUAACAACAACGGCGGUGCCACAACAGGAGAGGAGGGCCAGGAGAACAAUGCAGCCGGCUUGGCAACGGUGAAGUCGGAAAAAUCUGAGACCCCAUCUCCGCUUUCUGCAACUGAAGGCAACGGGGCCCUUGACCUCACCGCCACUCAAUCUGGCAGGCACUUCAUCAAGGAGGAGAGCCACUUCAACAUGCUGUUUCUAAACAGAGACAGAGGGUUAAGUACUCCCAAUUUAGCCAGCACUGCAUCAAACAUGAUCAAAAUGGAAAUGAAUGGACAUGGAAAGUCGUUAAGCGACAGCUCCCACUUGCCCAUGGGCAUUCAGGUUCCCGCUGCGGCUCCAGCGACCACCAUGAGCCCCAGCGUAAACCCCAUGUUGGCUCCCCCACCUCCACGUCGCACUCCUAAGCAGCACAACUGCCACUCGUGUGGGAAGAACUUUUCCUCAGCCAGCGCUCUGCAAAUCCACGAACGCACACACACAGGGGAGAAACCUUUCGCCUGCUCCAUUUGUGGAAGAGCUUUCACCACAAAGGGCAACCUGAAGGUUCAUAUGGGAACACACAUGUGGAACAACGCUCCCGCCCGAAGGGGCCGACGGCUGUCCGUGGAGAAUCCCAUGGCGCUGCUGGGCGGGGACGCCAUGAAGUUCAGCGAGAUGUUCCAGAAGGACCUGGCGGCCCGGGCCAUGAACGUGGACCCGGGCUUCUGGAACCAGUACGCGGCAGCCAUCACCAACGGCCUCGCCAUGAAGAACAACGAGAUCUCCGUGAUCCAGAACGGAGGCCUCACCCAGCUGCCCGUCAGCCUCGGCGGGCCAGGAAUCACCUCUUUGGGAGCGCUGCCCGGGGGGAUGGAGCGCGUUCACGCCGGCAGCAGCCCUCCCAUGACGGGCAUGGACAAGGCAGGACUGGAGGGCGCCAGCCGCCCCUUCUCCAGAUAUCUGGAGGAGAAUAAAGAGAUUGGGAUCAAUUAAAAACCUUUCUGUGUUAUUCCAAGGUAGGCAAAGACUGAUGAGGAAAGAAACUGUUGAUCCAGUCCGGACUCAUGCAUACUAAACUAUGUACAGAUUAAAUAUUUUUUUUGUUUGAUUUUGGAAAUAUAAUAUUUAGUAUUGAUUAGAGGUCUUUGCCUUCCACUCAUUCCUCCCUCACUUGAUAUUUCACCUAUACAAAGAAAACUUUGUCUCUUGUUUGAGAAUAUGUCGUCUUGCAAGAUUUGCAUGGUACUUAUUGGUUUUUAUCCAUAUGUUUGACUGCUUUUUCUGAAUUCCUUUGAAAACCAGGACCCUGCCUCAGAGAUAACGGGCGUGAGACUUAGCCGGGGCAGAACUCGGGAACACAGGAGGACAGUUUUGUUCAAAGACAGUCUGGCCUUUAUCCAGCAGCCAAGUUUACGGUUGCUCUUUUAGACUGAAAAAAAAAGAAAAACAAAAAGAAAAAGACUCAAGUAAAGUGUUUCUGUGCUCGGCUGAUUUUUUUUCUUCUUUUUUUUUUCUUUCUUUUCUCAUGGACUAGAAAACUUGAAAAAAUAAUGUUUGAAAUAUUUUAAUCUUUACACUUAGUCUCUCAGCAUUGUCUUAUAAUGUUGUCCUGUGUCUUUAGUAUUUAUGAUAUUGACAAAAAAAAGCGGGUAUACAAAAAUAUAUUUAAUGGCCCAAGCAUUUUAUUGAUUCUUUUUUUUCUAAACUGCAGGCUUCACUGAUGAGUCUCUCUCUGUCUGUAAAGACAAUAUGUCAUUUGAGUUGAACAACAGAGAAAAACUGUAGGUUUUAUUUGGAUAUCUGUUGAGGCUAUGUGCAUUUCGUGACAUGAUAAAGAGGCAAGAGAUAUCCAAAGCUGCUAUGACCACAACCCUGCUUUUAACCUUUGUAAAAAAGAAAAAGAAGAGGCGAUCCUUUUGAAGAAAUAUCUAUGUAUAGAAAUACAGGCAAAUCUAAAACAGGUAUGCAUAUUUUGUAUCACAUAAAAAUAGACACCAUGAGUUGAGAGUACUUGUCAUGUUUGUGAAUGCACUUUUUCAAAACAAGACGUUUUGUCUGUGAGUUCCCGUUAACCUUUUGACUGAACUAUCUAUCACGUGCUGUUUUCAUCGUUUCCAGCAGACCACUCCCUCCGCCCACAGAGUUGCUUCUCUGUUCUUGCAUCUGUGCGACUCGUCAGAGUGCAAACUCAUCACUCAAUCAAAACCUUCUCGAAUAAAAAAAAGGAAAAAAAAAAGAAAA